GUACAAUUCUAGAGUGAAGAUCUUCCCGUUAGAAGGAAAAGAAAGUGUGAAGCAACGGUUUUGACGAGUCCCACAACUUCAACACAAAUACCAGUAGUGUCACGUAAGAGUCAAAACGACGUUAUCCUGCCUCCACAUCGCCACUCACAAACAGCUUUGUCAAAUGUAGGAUGGUGCAGUUAAAAAGCGGACGUUUCAUGGACAACAAAAUUCAUACAACAGUGAACUAGCUGCCACUAUAUACUAUCUCCUUAAUUUCAAAUGCUGAAUUAAGUCGUGCAAUUGAACAAAUAUCACGACAGGACUUGGAGGUGAAGUACCCAUGAGUUAACUCGCCGUCAGACCGUCUGGAAUGUGUCUGGGUAUACGCAGGUGUGGGCUGGCUUCGUGACUUGCGCAGGUAGGAAGAGAAAUCCGGCACAGACCUGAGGGAGGAGGGGAACUAAAGCACCUCUGUGACGGCCACUCACACACACACCCAUGCCUGUAAAAAGUACAGUGGGAGAGGAAACCUCUGGAACGAGAAAAGGCUGUAGUGUGGAGGAAGAAAACUAGAGAGGAGAACGUUUCAGAAUGUGAAAUAACCUGGAGGAGAUUCUUCUACUGCAGUUUGACCAAUGGGUCUGGGCUUCUAAUGCGUCAUUUCAGGCUCUGGGAUGUACAAGAUGUCGCUGUGUUUCUCAGCAUCACAUUAUAUAUUUGUGACCUAGUUGGAGCUAUCUCCAUCCAUUCUCCCCGGAGGAGCCUCACCAUGUCAGUGCAGGAGGAUGUGUUUUUCUCAGUGGAUGUUACCUGCAAUGGGAUCCCCACCAUACAAUGGACCUUUAUGUCAGGAGCGGUGAGCCGCACCAUAGGGACUUGGGAGCCUGGGGUGUACACUGACAUAACGGUGGAUUAUAGCAGCCGAGUGAAACCCUACAACAAUGGCUCUAUGGGCCUGUCCGACCUGCGGCUGCAGGAUGCCGGAUACUACGUGGUCACUGUUACAGAAACGGGCGGGAGCAGCAAGGAUGCUGGGUUUGUCCUGAAAGUGAACGAGGUGCUUUACGAGGAUCUUCAGUACCUGUCUGUCUCUGCCUUAGCACUGGCCUGCUUGGCUGCCCUUCUCAUGCUCGCCGUUUGGCUACUAGACAAGGCCUACAGGAGGAUAGUGGCAUGGAGAUGCAGGACACAGAUGCCAGAAAAUGAUGCAACAGAGCUUCAGCCUCUUUGAUGGACGUCUGGCAGUUCUUUCACCAGAGACUAUUCAUCAGUGCUGCAACACAAGGACUGCUUUUUAAAAUUUAGGUGUUGUGUACAUAACUGUUUUGUCU